AUGGGCAACAACGCUGUUGACGUGAAUACCAAUACGGUAAACGGCCGGACCGCCGACAUCAACAUCACCAGUGAUGGAUCGAGUUUCUACUUUGCCAUUUGCGCCGUCAUGGGCGCAUCCGGCUUCGCCUUUUUAUUCCUUGCCUCGCGCAGGAAGCGCACCGACCGCGUCUUCCACUACCUAACCGCGGCCGUCGUCUUCGUAGCAUGCAUUGCCUAUUUCUCCAUGGGCUCCAACUUGGGCUUCACGCCCAUCGAGGUCGAGUACAAGCGCAGCGAUCCCGUUGUCCGCGGUAACUUUCGUGGAAUCUUCUAUGUCCGUUAUAUCGAUUGGGUGAUUACUACGCCUUUGCUUUUGCUCGAUCUUCUCCUGACGGCUGGGAUGCCGUGGCCGACGAUAAUUUUUGUCAUUUUGAUUGAUGAGAUUAUGAUCGUCACCGGCCUCGUCGGCGCCCUCGUAGUCUCCUCCUACAAAUGGGGCUUCUUCGCCUUUGGCUGCGCCGCCCUCGUCUACGUCGUCUACCAACUCGUCUGGGAAUCCCGACGGCACUCCAAAUUCUUCGGCCGCGACGUCGAGCGCACCUUUCUCCUGUGCGGCAGCCUCACCUCCUUCCUCUGGAUCCUGUACCCCGUUGCCUGGGGCCUCUGCGAGGGCGGCAACGUCAUCUCCCCCGACUCCGAGGCCGUCUUCUACGGCGUGCUCGACUUCUUGGCUAAGCCGAUUUUCGGCGCGCUUCUGAUUUGGGGACAUCGUAAUGUUGAUCCUGCGAGGUUGGGGUUGGCGAUUCGCGAUUAUGGGGAUGCGGAUGCGGUUGUGCAUGAGAAGCGGGCGCCGGCUGUUCAUCCGGAUGGUCCUAUCAAUAAUAACAGCAACACCACCGCCACCACUGCCAAUCCCACCACUACUGUUUAA